AUGUCAGGUCUUACUAUCCCAACUAUUAUUGAUAAAAAAGCUAAAUCACAGAAACUCAUUAAUAAUAGACCAGGAUAUGAUAUGAAAAAAUAUGAUACUUUAUCAGUUAUUCGACCCAAUGAAACUCCACAACAAUGGGCUAUUCGGGUCAGAGUUCCUUUACAAGAGCUGGUCUCUGAAAAGAAAUGGAGCGUCUAUCAUGUGUGUUGUUUAUAUGCAUCAUUUGGUAAAGGUAAGCUAGUUGAUUAUGAUUACUACAGACCUAAAAUUCACAAAACCCGUAUGGCUAUUUGUCUUAAUUGCUGGCAAUUGAUUCAAGUCAAUGAUGUGAAACCAAAGAAAAUAUAUGCUUUUGCUAUAUAUAGAUAUAUUGAGACAGUUGAACCAGCAGAUUUGAUGAAGCAACAUUGGGAUUAUUCAUAUGGUUCAGCAAGAAUUAUUCAAAAUGCUUGGAGACGAUUCAAAGAAAGGGACCCAUCAAAUGCAUGGCUUGCCUGGUUGAGUUUACCGAAUGAUAAUAUUCCAGAAGAUAAGAAGUUUCUAGGUUUAAUGAGCCAUGAAGUGAAAAAUCCUCAAACCCGAGAACAAUUUAAUCAGUGGCAUACUAAAUGGAUUGAAUUUUAUAAAAACAAUCCUAUGAUGCGCAGUUCCAUUAUUAAUAGACAAUAUAAAGAAUAUUAUAUUCCGGAUAAUUGGAUAGAUUUUAAAAAGAGUCAAUUGCGGAAUAGAUUCCAAAAACGACUUUUAGAAAUAGAAGCAUAA